AUGAAUCGGCGGCCCCUUACCUCUGGGCUCCGCCAUCUGCCCUGUGAGAGCCCGCAGCGGGUCCUCGAGCCACUGCGUCGCCCGAUUAUCUUCGAGGGCAAUUCAGGGCCUUCCACCCGCCCCUCAGGGCGUGGAGUCGCCUAUUCCGCCCCUUGGGAGGCCCAGAGGAGACACGUGCCCGCUGGAGGAGGCGGAGGGAAAACGACACAUCCCUCGCAGUGCGGAGGCCGCGGCGCCAGCGCCCAGCCGGCAACCCAUCUCCCCCCGAGGCUCGUUCGACUCCUGCAGACACUCCGGGCUCUCGAGGGAGAAAGUCGGAUGGAGUAUUGGGGACAGGGGCCUGGCGAGGCCGAGAGGAUGCCGGCGCGCAGAUGCGAAGGACACGGGGACCGCGGCGAACGCCCCGGUCGGGCGACAGAAACGACGGAGAGGGGGGAAACAGCAGACAGAGGAACGCAGGGGAGCACUGUAGCCUGGAGCGAAGCGGAGGCAGAAGAUGGACAUGUCAAUACGGAGAGAGAGUUCCACACGCAGAGUGAAAUCGAAGAAUCACACCAGAACGCCAGCAGCAGGGAGAACUGGGGAAGCCCCACGGCGGGUGAUAAUUCUUGCUCGCUCCCUAGUGAAGGUCAAAAGACAGAGAAAUCGACAGCGCAGGAGAACGGGCAGGCGGAUCAAGAGCAGAGUAAUGCCUCUCACGUCACCUUCGUCGCAGAAGCGUCGUCUGACCGUUCGGCAAAGCCUCCGCCGUCCCUUCCUCAAGCGCCGUCUUGCCCGGCCGUGUCUCCAUCUUCGCUCGCUUCAGCUGUGCCUCCUGAGGGGUCUGCACUGCUGAGUAGUGCUUCUUGCUGUUUGUCGUCGUCCGCCUUUCAUGGUGUUCCUUCCCGUUCGUGGGGCGCCCUGUCGUCCUCUCCGCAGGGCGGGCUUGUCGCAUCAGAGACUUCUCUCUCCUCUGCGUCUCGGCCGUCUGUCCGCACGGCACCUGUUCUGCUUGCCGCUUCGUCGUUUUCCUCCCUGUCAGUUGCUUCGGGCCGUGCAGUCUCCGCGCACCCCGUAGGUCCGUAUGCUCCUUCCUCCCCCGCUUCAUCGGCGUCUUUUCUGGACGCAAGUCGCGCGGAUGCAGAGGGCAGCGAAAGUACGGGCGCGUGUUCAGGUUCUGCCGGUGCUUCAGGCAGCAUGAGACGCCGCAGCGCCUCUUCAUCGCCGCGAAUCGCAGACGUUUCCGACGCGCGCGCAACGAGCAGAGGAAGCGCUCUCCGCCUUCGCGGUGCGGACCUGCCGAUGGAAAGAACGCCAUCUUCAUUGACGCUGCGUUCGCCGUCCAGCUGCCUUCCUGCGUCGUCACCAAAGGCCCCUUCGUCCGCGUCCGCCCCCCCUUCCCUCGUGAGUUUGUCUCCGGCUUCCUUAGUGACUUCUCAAGGGCCGGCAGGGACCCGGGGGAGCGCCGAGCGGCUAGGCGACGAGGACGCGUGUGUCGCCGAGCAACAGCUGCGCUGGCGCGCCUCCCCCGGUUCCUGCUGCUUGGCUUCUGCCCGCGGCCUGGCGAGCGAGAGCCGCCCUCGCUCCAGGGUUCAGAGUCCCCUCGCGUCGCCGGGAGAGAGGCAGCAGGGCGUGGAGCCGCCAGCGGCUGCGGACGGCGAGGACGCUCAGGGACAAAGGAGAGAGAAGAAAGACCUGACCGGGCUGGCGUCUCCUCCCCCUCCUGCGAGUCUGAAGCGGCUUCCUUUCUCAGUCCCCCUCUCGGCUGGCGCCCCGUCGACGACGUGUAUCCCGCCUUGUGGCGGGUGGUCGUCCGCCCUCUCCGGCGCGUCUUCUUCGCUGGCAUUUCACUCUUCAGCACUGCACGUCUGCGGGGCUUCCUCGGCAUCGACCGCCUGGCAGCCCUUCUCGCUCGUCCCUUCCGAAGCGAGCUUGGGCAGUCUGCGAAGCGCGGCGGUCGACACAGGGGGGGCUGCGAAUGCCGCGCCUCCUUCGCGUCGUCGGCGAGUUCUUCCACGCCGGGCUCCUGCCGAGAGCGCGAGUCACGGGAAAUGCAAAGGAGGGCUCAGCCAAAGAGGAGCGAGACAGACAGGACGUUCUCCAGGAUCGCUCGCGGGAUGGGCGGAGGGGGCAGCGAGAGAGGCAUCUGCGAACGCGCACGCGGACGAAGGCGCAGGGCUCCUUGGCCGCGCGAUCUGGGUCCCGUUUCUGUCGGGCGAAGAGUCAGCGAGGCGCUCGGCUGUUAAGAAAAAUGAGGCGAACUCCGUCGAUGGGACGCAAGCGAGAAGGAGGCUCGUGACGCGUUCCAGGGAGUCGCCUCUGGAACCGUCCUGCGCCGUUCCUCCACCCGAGUCGCGACUGUGCCGCGAGCAAACUGCAGCUCCUCUGAUCUCAGCACGGCGGCGGUGCCUCGCGUCCGCGGUGGAAUUCGGGCGUGCUGCGAGGCAGCCUGCAGGCAGCGCGAAUCCGCAGUGGGCCUCGAACCGCGUACAGCUGACACUGCCAGAGCGGAAGAUGCUCAGGAGAUUGAAACGCCCAGAGGCAGCCCCAGCUCAGUCAGCAUCUGGUUUGCUUGCGCGUAGUCCGAUAUCGGCUCUCGAGACUUACCUGGAAAGUCUGGGAUGCGAGAGAGAAGUCGAUAUCGACGAUAUGUCGCAGCGCAGCUCCCUGUCUCUCGAGCUGCCUUCCCGCGUCAAAUCACGACUCAGUCCACGCCUCUCCCGCGAAUCCUGCCUCUCUCUGCUUCCCGACGCUUCGCUUGCGCCGGCAGCGUCUCCUCCCUCUUACCCUUCUGGACUGCCUGCGCCCUCUGCCUCGCGUUCAUCCUCUGCUCCUGCAAGUUUCUCUUUCUCAUUCUCUCCCUCUAGAUCGUCUGCUUCCCACCUUUCCUCCGUCUCUCUCGCGUGGUUUUUGUCGGCGGCCUCCUGCCGUCGCUGCGAGCCGGCGAAGGGUGUCUCUGUUGGCGCUCGAGAGAGCUUUCCAUCCUGCCACCUGGACGGUUUGCCUGUUUGUCUUUCUGGGGCGAGUGCGGCCGCCCUUUCGGGCCUCGUGGAAGGCCGCCUAAACUCCGAUCAGUCUUCGCUCCCUGCAUGCUUCAGGGCUCGCCUCAGCUCGCGUCGGGAGAAGGCGACAGAGACGCUCCGAGGGGCUCAAGCGGAUUCUCGAGGACCAAAGGCCGGCGAGGGCGUGUGGAAGGAGCGGGCGACCGGGGGCGGAGAGACAGAAACUGCAUUCUCGAGCUGCAGCACAGAUGAAAACGCGGAGCUAGACGUGAACAGCCACCCCGGCAAAGAAGGUGGGGCGGACAGCUGCAGUGACCUGCGUCUGAUGCAAAUCACGCAAGACUGGCAGCGGAGCGUCCAGGCUCUUCACACACUGCAGCCUGAGCUGAGAGCGCUGCAGAUGAUGGACGCAGGCCGCAGGCAGCGCUCGCUCGCCUUGCAGACGGACGAGAGAGUGACGAAAGAGAAACGUGCCAAACAUGCGAAUCAAGGCGGAAGAAGGCUCUCCUUGGAAGGCGCACACCGAGGUUGCGUGGAGAGUGACUCGCAAGCAAAGAUGUCAGCCGAAGGAAAAAGGGUCGGACGAGAAGAAGGAAGGGCGGCAGGCACAGAACAGAAAGUCGCAGAAGCGAAAGCGGGCGCCGCCGGAGUGAGAGGCAACGGCAAGGAGGGCGCGGAGAGGGGACGAAGAGGAGAAGCAGCGAGAGACCGGCGCAGCGGGGGAGAGGAGGGCGUCUGGAUUGCAAAGGGAAUGAGGAAAGAAAAACAAAUAAUGCGAGAGGACAAGCAAACCAGACGAAGAACGGGUCACCUAAUCGGCAUGGCGUUGCUGAUUGGCAACCUUUUGAAACAGUAUCAGCGUGCGGCGUUCGCGAGACUGCGAGAAGCUGACAACGCCAGGCCGCGAGCGCCACACGGGGACCUUGCAAAGCUGCAAGGUACGAGGCGAGUCAUCGGACGCCAAGAAAGAGGCGAGAGACCGGGAGGCCCCACGGGACGCGGCGUGCGGGAUGAGGAAGAGGAAGAGGAAGAGGAGCGAGAAAAGCUCUGCCGCCGGCAGGCCGUUUCCGCUGAGACAAGAAGCCGAAACGAUGCGCUUUGUGCCGACGUCGUCGCCCGCAGGGGGGCGGUUCUGACCGUGACGCGAAGAGAAGUCAGAGGAAGGGAGGAAGGAGCGCCGCGAGUCCCUCCUGGUCAGACGCGGGCCCGGCAGCGCGAGGCGGAAGGGGGACGGAGUGCGUGGAGUGUAUGUCCGCGGAGCCGAGAGGCUUCUCUGCAGAUGCCGGCGGAAGCGGAGGCGCGGAGCUCCUCGAUCGAGAGCGGAGGACGCGUCUGUGACAGAGACCACGAAGGCGCACGAGGGCGGAGAAGAUCGAGUUGCGCGUUCCCUCAGGCGACCCCCCCAGUGGCGGAGAGGAGCGGGGAGAGAGGCGUCACGGCGGGCUUUUUCAGCUCGCACUCGCGAGCAGCUUUUGGAGGCGAGGAGCUGCCAGCACGACUGACUUUCGUGAUUCGAAGAGCGCCAGACGCAGGGCAAGGAGAAAACGGCGGCGCGGCAGGCGAGGAAAAGACGGGCGAAGGGAGGCGGGCGGAAGGAGAGCGAACGCGCAGAGCGGCGCUCAUCGCCGAACUGGGAAGGCGACAGGAGACGUUGGUGGAGAGGCAGAAGAGAAUGAUGCUGUGUGUCAAGGAGAUGGAAACGGAGAUAGAAGUUAGGAGAAAACGAGAAAAGAGCCUAACUAAAGACCUCGAAAGGCACAAGCACGCCGAGGACGCUCUUGCGAGCGCACUUCGUGAAGCGAACGUUGCCGCAGAUGGCCAGGCAAGAGAGACGGAGGCCGCGCGCCGGGAAGUCGCCAAGCUGACGGAGGCGCUGCAAACGGCAGAGUCGCUGCUGCAGGCGACGCAGCGAAAGCGAAAGGAGGAGGGACACGCGGGCCUCCUGCGCGUCGCAGAGGCGACAAGGAAGGCAGCAGAGGCAGAAGAGGCGAAGGAGGCGCUAACGAGGGAGACGGAGGAGGCGAAACGACGGCGGAAACAAGCGUUCGCCUUCAUAGCGGAGCUGCGGGCAAAGGAGAGAGACCUGAAGCGUUGUGCCCUCGUUUUCAGGGCGUGGCGGACGGCCUCUGGCGGGCUUCAGAAACUUCGCGCUCUAGCCGAAGGGACUGUCCAGCGGCAGCGGCGUGCGGUGAUUCGGGAUGUCUUUAUCGCGGCCGUAGAGGUUUUCCGGUGUGUGCUCACCGAGCCGGAAAAGGGCGAAAGGCGCCUCCGGCCUGCAGGCGCCAAGGAAGGCGUGCUCGGCGUUGCCACCGAAGUGGAUCCAGCUCCUCCCUGCUGUGCAGAUCUCUCGACAGCCGGCUCUUCACCUCCUGGCGGCUCGUGGACAUCUGCGCCCACACCUGCGAGGCCUGGAGGCUCGCGUUUUUCUCGGAUCCACGCUCUUCAGGCUCCUGAACAGGUCCACCCGAGUUCUUCUCCCGCGUCUUUGUCUUCUCCAUCGCCCUCCACGGCGCCCUCUACUUCGUCGCCGUCGCCGCUUCCAUCUUCCUCCUGCGCCUCUUGUGCCUCUUGCUCCUCGCGCUUCUCGCCCUCGGCUGUCCGACCCCGCUCGCAGCAGACGCUCCUGUUUGUGUUUGUUCUCUGUGCGUUGCUGGGUUCGGUCCGUUGCCGCCUCCUUUUCCUCUCCUUUCGGCGCAUGCACGCCCUGGAGUCUCACCUCUGGGCGGAGAGGAAAAGAGAGGGAAACCAGAGCGGCGGCGGAGGCCUUCAUCAGGCCGGGAGAGGCGAGAUGGGGCAAGGAGAGGGAGGGCGCAUCGAAGAAGAGCGAGGGAUGCAGGAACUCUGCGAAGAACUGCAAGAAGAAAUGGGCAGGAGGCACUUGGAGCGCUUCCAGAGAGCUGGCGGCGUGGAGGCGAGCAGGGGUGCGCGUGGAGAGGUCUCUGUUAAGGCGGCGCGGGCAGGCGGCGGCGACGACACCCGAAACGAAGACUAUCAACAACACAAGCGAGAAACGCGUGGCAGAAGCGCGGCCUUCGCCGAGGGGACAGGGCAGGAGGGACGAAACGCCUCACAGGCGAGGCAGCCGCGGCAGGCGGGAGAAGACGAAAGCGCAAAAAGGUCCCGAGGAGGAGUGGAGACCGCGUCGCGUUCACUGGCCGCCACUCGCGCCGGGCAUCCAGCUCCCACGUACCGCAGCGAGAUUCUCGCGAUUCGUCGGAGCUGUGAAACGUCUCCAACUCUGCCAAAUGCGGAAUGUGCUCGCGCUCUGGAAGUUGAAAGUCAAACGCCUCCCCUGCCGCACGGCUUGGCUGGACAGCUUCACGUGGCGACUGCGGGUGCGCCGCAAGCAGCUGAGCUUCGCCACGUGGCGUCGAUUCGCGGCCUAUCGGGCGCGCCUUCGGCUGGACCUCGCCCUGCUGCGCCGCAGCGUUUUCGUGGAAAGGUCUUCUCUCUGGCGGGGCUUUCAGGCUCUCAGAAACAACGCAAAGGCGAGGCCGACGCGCUCCCGCCUCCGGUCGCGGACUCGGGAGGAGACGGCGAAGGCGAGGCACGACACUGGGGAGUUCAUCUGGAGACUGGAAGCCGCUGCACAACGUGCGAAGACUCGGCUGGUGACUGCCGCCUGGCUGAGGAUCAGGAACGAGGUUCGUUCAAACACCUGGAGGGUGGAGAGAGAGAGGAAACAGGAGAUGGGGGAAGACGAAUCGCCAGUGAGAGAGAUAUCAAGGGCGGAUGA